AUGGGACAAUUCAGCAGCCGUCUCGCCGCGCUGAAAAAGAAAAAAAAAAAAAAAAAAAAAAAAAAAAAUCUUGUGCUCGGGCAAGCACCUAUACCCGAGCUAACCGAGCUUAGGUCAUUUGCUAGUUGCAAACUUUACAUCCACAACCUAAUUCGACUUCGCGUCGAAUUGAAUCUUUCCCAUUUCACCGAAAGGAGUCUCACCUUCUUUUUAUAGAUGGGCGUCGGUGACCACGCUCAAUCCCCCGGAACUCUCCAAGAGCCAGAACCUCGAGCAAUGGGCGACGCACGUACUCUACUUCCCAGCGGGCCACGGAAUACAACUCUCGGUAAACCCGACGCUUUUUCGAGGGCCCGAUGGCGAGGUGAUGACCCCGUCUUCGUUUGUGAACGCGUCCAAACGCCACCAAGUCUUCAUCUUCCCUCCUAUCUUCCCCAAGGGACACCAGAAGGUAUUCGAUCUGCCUGAGCAACGUUGGAACGCUUGGUGCAAGGCUUUGCGCAAGGUUCGCCGGGUUCACUCGGACGCCGAGGAUACCGGCCACCUUCUCUCCCUGGGGUCCCUCCAUCGGGGCAGCCAAGUCGCCUCCCCAACCAGCCCUCACCCCAACAAUCGAUCGGCCUCCUGUGUGAUGUGCCUCUCGGAAGCACCCGAGUGCCUGGCCCACCUCGCGGUCGGCUGCCCAUUUGCCCGGCGUCUCUGGUCUGCUCUGUCCCCGACCCCCCACCCAGUCUUUGUGGACUUUGUAUGUCCGGUCGUGUCUCGCUCGGAACGUCGCCUUGUCGAACUACGAGUCCUCUUCUUUCACUCGAUCUGGAGGCUCUGUCGCCGUCGCCGAUUCUCGUCGGAUCUUUUGGAACCGAUCACCGAAACGGACUUCGAGGGGCUUCGAGCCUCUAUUCAGGAGUCCAAGGGUCGCCUAAUGUCUCUGUGA